AAUGAAAAUUAAUAACAAUAAUAACAACGAUACAUAAAAUUCCUAGGCAUAAAAGAAUUUUAAUCAAUUGAUCAAGCUAGAAGCAGAUGAUUUCAAGAGACAGUUCAAAUUUAUAGAUAAAGAGAAACUUUUUAUGGAACUUCAAAAUUACAAAAUUGAAAACAACUAUAUAAAAGAAGAAAACACCAAGUUACGUACACGCAUCUAACAGACCGAAGUAAGCCAACCACAUAUACUCAGAAAGAGCUACUUAAUUAUGAGAGACUCUGUGAAAACAUGACAGAGUAAACACCAAAUAAGAAGAAGGCCAAUGAGUUACUACUUAUAUAACUCAAAAAAUAGAACAAAGACCUUCAAUAGUAACUCAAAGAACGUACAGUCUAAGUUGAACACCUUAAAAAAAAUACUAAAGUCACAAAAUUUUAAGAGUUAGAGUGUGAUCGAAAGGCUUAUUUUGAUGAAACAAUACGUAUGCGUAAACUUAUAGAAGAGAGUUAAUCAUAAUUCUAAUCUAUGUUAAGGUACAUAAUUUAUAUCACAUAUUGAUAGUAAAUAUAAUCAAAGUCUUUAACUUGAAAGUGAAGUUCAAAAACUACUCAAAACUAAUGAAAAUCUGAUUGCUGAAAAUAAAGCACUUAAUUAAAAAACUCAAUAAUCAGAUGAAAUGAUACGUCAAUUACAAGUAUUUUGUUGAUACAUUUAUUUAGCAAUUGUACAAAAAAAAUUAAUAAAAACAGGAAACUUUGGAUAAACAAAUUCAAGAUUUAAAAAACUAAAUCAAGAAAUUAUAGAUUGACAAAACGAAUCUUAAAUAAACAAUAAAAUAGAUUUAGGAUACACAAUACUAACAACUUUAAUAAGCUAAACCUAAAAAAGAACCUACUCCUAGACAAACAUAAUUACCAAAUUUAAUUUUAGAGGAAUUAAGAUUUAAAUUGAUAUAUCGUGGAAUUACAGUUGAAUAAUUUGCUGAUAUGUUAGAAGGAUUGAAAUAACAAGCUCGAGAAUAAAAUGUUACAGUUAAAAUUGAUGAUUUAAGACAUAUCUUUGCCCAGUAAAUAAAUUUAUCCUCAUUAUAAUUAGAGAACCAUUUUCAUAUACAGAUGAUAUUAAAGUAUAAUCCAUAUUAAAUUCACUUACUGGUCAUGGCAAUUAAUUAGUAGAGAAUUUGAAAUCUAUGAUUGGAAAUUAUAAGACUUUUAUGAAUUUUCCAACUUUUGAUUUUGAAUUAGCUUAAACUAAAAUGAAAGCUUAACUCAAACAAAAUCAAAAAAAGAUAUAAGAAUUUUGGAAUAAAUAAAAAAUAAAAGGAGAUGUAGUAACAAAAUCAGAUGUUCGAAAAAUGUUAAAUUCACUUUCAUUAAAUUGGUAAGAACCUGAAAAUCUAUUCUAUUUUCUACAAUUAUUUGAAAAAUCAGGGGAAGAUUUAUAACAAGUUCCAUUAAUUGAUACUUAUGAUCCAUUUACUUAAGAAGAUCCAUCAUAACAAUAAUAGAUGACAGGACAUUAGAAUAUGAGAAUAUCUGAAGAAUCAGAUGAGGAAUUACUUGAUAAAUAGAGUCAAGAUUAAGGUAUAGUAUUUCGUGUUGAAGGAGUAUAUGAAGAAUCAGAUGAGGAAUUAUUUGAUAAAUAGAGUCAAGAUUAUUCACUUGAUGAAAAUGCUGCAAAGAAAAAGAAAGAAUAAGAAUUUCGUGUUGAAGGUCAAAUAGUUGAACAAUAAGGAAAAUAAUAAUAAGAGUAUGAAUAAUAAUAGGAAUUUGAAUAGGCAUCAGAAUUUGAUUAAGAAUAAAAUGAAAAUUAUAAUGAGAAUGAAAAUAAUUAAUAGAAAGCUUCGGUACAUGAUUCUGAAUAAAAGAAUUAUUAAAAUGAACAAGAUGAAUAUUAAUAAGAUCAUUAAGAUGAAGAAUAAGAUGGAAAUUAUGAAAAUGAAUAUGAAGAUUAAAAUUAAAAUUAAUAAAAUGAAAAUAAUAAUCAAGAAGAAUAAUAAUAUGAAAAUGAAGAAUUUGAUUGA